AGUUUUGUCUCAAAUCAAAUGUUGGUCUUUUCGGUUACACCUCGAUCCUUUGGUUUGGGGCGAAUCAAAGUCUCGUUUUUGAUGACUCAAACAACGCCAUCUCUUCCCUCCAAUUCCAACACCGACACACCCACCUCGGACUCCUCCUCGCACGCUGCUUCUGUGUCCAAAGCUCGUGUCUUUGUGAGGAGAAGCAAGAGGCCCAAAACCACUCUUGUGGCACUUCAACAAAAGGAGCUUGAGCCCCCAACACGUGAUCAUGACAAAAGUUCUGGCCUUCCUGAAAUUGAAGACUUUGCAUACAGUGGAGCAAAUAAUGCAUUUACUCAAUCCAGUAAAUCAGAAUUGGGCUUGGACGCGACUCUUGUGGAAAGUGAAGCUACUUCACCUAGACACAGUGGUGAAUUACCUGCACACUGGGAAAGGGUGCUUGAGGGGAUUCGCAGAAUGAGGUGUUCUGCAGAAGCACCGGUAGACACUAUGGGAUGUGAGAAAGCUGGCGAUACUCUACCUCCUAAGGAAAGAAGAUUUGCUGUCCUAGUUUCUUCUCUUUUGUCAAGCCAAACCAAAGAUCAUGUUACUCAUGGAGCAAUCCAACGUCUUCUUGAAAAUGGCCUACUUACCCCUGACGCAAUCAACAAUGCUGAUGAAGAAACCAUAAAAAAGAUGCUUUACCCUGUUGGAUUCUAUACAAGAAAAGCCACCAACUUGAAAAAAAUCGCAAACAUUUGUCUCAUGAAGUAUGAUGGAGACAUACCUAGCACAAUUGAGCAAUUACUCUUACUUCCAGGCAUAGGUCCUAAGAUGGCUCAUUUGGUCAUGAAUGUUGGAUGGAACAAUGUUCAAGGAAUAUGUGUUGAUACUCAUGUCCACCGCAUCUGCAAUCGGCUUGGAUGGGUGUCUAGACCCAGCACAAAACAGAAAACUCUAACACCUGAAGAAACAAGAGAGGCAUUGCAAAGAUGGCUUCCAAGGGAAGAAUGGGUUCCAAUAAAUCCUCUUUUGGUAGGAUUUGGACAAACCAUUUGCACUCCCUUGAGACCUCGUUGUGGAGAAUGUGGUAUAAGUCAUUUGUGCCCCUCAGCAUUCAAGGAGGCCUCUAACUCAAGCCCAUCUUCCAAGCCCAAAAAGUCUGGGCCUAACAAGAAGCGUUAGCCCAAUUAUCCAAGUAUUCCGGAAGUAUUGGUGUUCUAAUAGUUUUAGUCAUUCAUCUCAACUAUAUAGUAAAUAUAUAGUUGAGAUCAAUAAUUAAAAUCAUUAAAACACCCGUAUUUCUGGAAUAAUUGAAAUGUUUCCUAAGAUAUAUAGACAUAGCUCAGUAUGCUAGCCUUAUUAUUUCACAUUUAACAUUGCACACAGCUUAUGUUUUGUUGAAAAACUCCUCUAAUACUGAAACCUGGUUGUGUAGUUAAUCAGUUGAUAUAUGUUAAGAAAGCUCCUCUAGCACAAAAAGGUUGCGCGGAUAUAAUUUAUCAUUCUCACUCU